AUGUCGUUCAGACUCCCCUUCAGCUUCCGCAAGAACGCCGAGGCAAACGAUGUGCCUGCAACCAGCGAUGCCGCCAGCGAGGAGGCCACCGGUGCUCCGGUUGAGAUCGAUUCGCCGCUGGGCUAUCAGGUCGGUGCCGUCACCAUCAUCUUCCUGAACAUCAGCAAGAUGAUUGGCACGGGCAUCUAUUCCACACUGCUUGCGCAAUACCUCUUCCGCAUUAAUGGUCACACGCCGACUGCUUGGCAGCUCAAGGGCGUGGCAGUAGCGGGCUACACGGUCGCUGUUCUGUUUGUCGCUUUCCACACACGGGUCUCCUUCUGGCUGUCUAAUGGCAUAGGCAUCGUGAAGGUGGUGACACUUGUGUUCAUCGCGAUAACAGGCUUCGUCGUCCUCGGAGGCAACACGCGCGUGUCUGAUCCCCAUGAAAACUUUCGAGAUGCAUUCCAAGGUCAUGCAUCGCCUUACGGUAUCAACAACUCUCUGUACAAGGUCAUCUUUGCUUAUGCAGGCUACGAGAAUGCGUUCAAUCUCGUCAAUGAGGUCAAGAAUCCGAUCAAGCAACUCCGCCGAAAUGCUUUCAUUGCGUUGAUUAUUGUGACGAUUUUGUACAUUCUGGCUAACAUUGCCUACUUUGCUGCUGUUCCCAAAGCCGACCUCGAGGCCUCCACCCAGGUUGCGGCCAGUCUCUUCUUCACCAGCGUCUUCGGCCCCGGCAAGGGAGUCCGAGGUCUCAAUUUCCUGAUCGCUUUGAGCUCAUUCGGCAACCUCAUAGCCGUGCUCCUGGGCACGUCAAGGUUGAUUCGCGAGUGCGGCAGACAGGGAGUGCUUCCGUAUCCACGCUUUUGGGCGUCUACCCGGCCAUUUGGCACUCCCUUAGGGCCGUACUUUGUCAAGUGGAUUCUGACUCUUCUUAUGAUUUUGGCUCCACCUGCGGGAGAUGCUUUCAACUUCAUUGUCGACUUACAAGUCUACCCCUCCGCCUUCUUUGGCUUGACCAUGUCCAUUGGCCUUUACAUCGUUCGUUGGCGUCGGGCCCGCCUUAACCUACCGCGCCCAGAGUUUAGAGCUUGGGACCCAAUUGUCAUUUUCCGAAUUCUCCUCGAUCUAUUUCUUCUGGUUAUGCCGUGGUAUCCUCCGGAUGGCGGCGCAUAUGCUGGAGAUGUCAGUUUCUGGUAUGCCACCUAUGCAGCAACGGGCAUCGGAAUUCUCGUGGCCUGUGGUAUUUAUUACAGCUUCUGGAUCUACAUCAUUCCAAAAUUGAAAGGUUACCGUGUGCGGCAGGAGGUGCUUUUCCUCGAGAAUGGGGCCCAGAGUCAUCGUAUCAUCAAAGUUCCCAUUGAGAAGCUGCCGGAGUGGGACAGGACUCAUGAUGCCGUCGGCAGGUUACGUCGUCGGCAGGUGGGAGAAGAAGGUAAGGUCAGUGAAGUUGGUGGAAGUGAAGACAAUUCGGAGAAGAAUGCUGUACGUGUUUGA